GAAGUGUCCUGUGCACGUGAGCUCACCUCCGAGCGCAGCAUCCCGAUGAAAGGGGAGGAGAGGGGCGACGUGGCCGCUACAAAGUGCCACAGACAUUCGUCUUGUCUGAGAGGCUGGUUCCGUAAAGGCGCCCUUAGAAAACAUGGAAACGGUGUACACGCAAGGUGUGUGGCUGGCAGAAGCACUUCAGAAGAGAGUGAUGAACUAUGAGAAAUUCUGGCUGUUUGUGACACAUGUGAGCGACCCAAAGGCUGCCUUCCUCCUCUGUUUCCCGAUGGCCUACUAUUUCAGCCGGCGGACUGGAAUUGCUGUUCUCUGGGUGGCGGCAGUUUCCGAAUGGCUAAACCUUGUUUUCAAAUGGAUAUUAUUUGGGGAGAGGCCAUUCUGGUGGAUUGGCGAAUCCAGUCUAUUCGAGACAAAGCCACCCCAAAUCCAGCAGUUUUCUUACACCUGCGAAACGGGUCCAGGAAGUCCUUCAGGCCACUCCAUGGUGACAUCAGCGGUGUGGUGGGUGAUGGCUUCAACACUGGCCUCCUUCCUUUACUCGUACACACGCAGCAUGCUAUUGAUGGUGGUACCUUACCUGCUGUAUCUCAUGGUCCUGGUGGCUGUGGGCAUCUCUAGAGUGUUCAUCCUUGCACACUUCCCACACCAGGUUGUCACUGGGACCUUGACAGGCAUUGUGAUAGGAGUGAUUCUGAACCACCGGGUGCCAGAUUUGCGCCCUCUGUCCUUCUUUGUGCACAUUUCUAUGGGUCUGCUGCUAGGGGCUUUGCUUUUCCACGCCGCACUGGAGCGCUGUGGCGUAAACCUUUCCUGGUCAAUUGCACUGGCUAAGAAGUGGUGCUCACACCCCGAGUGGGUCCGCUUGGACACGACCCCGUUCUCAUCGCUGGCGCGGGACUGUGGUGCCAUGCUGGGCCUCGGGCUGUCCCAGUACUGGAAACCUGGUGGGUGGGCCCUCCCCCGGGCCCCUCGGGCGCUGUGCCUUGCGCUCUCUGCCAUGGUCCUCUACCACUUCAACCGGAUUCUCCUGCCCACCUCCCCACCAUUGCUCUUCUACUGCCUCUUCUUUAUCAGGUAUAGCCUGGUGCCCCAGGUGGUCAUGGUCUUUGUGCCAGGCCUGGUUCACCUCCUCACAGAGAAGAAGAAGAACAACUAAGCCUCUCACUACUGAAGGCAUUAGCGGGUUUGAGAGGUUUUUACUAAAAAUGGAAGACUUUUUUUCAAAACGUCACUGCCCUGAAUGUGUUGAACUUUAAGUUUGCCGGAACUGAUAAGUGAGCCGUACGUGUACAUACUUGGCCGCAGUCUCCUACGGUGGUGGCGUUGGCUACUCGGCUUUGUUCGAUUUUCCCAGGCAGCGCACCAUGGCAUUUCAGAGGCAUUUCCUGUCAUCUCCAAGGAGUUCAAUAAAAUGAUCUCCCUUCUAAAAGUGUACUUACUAGGCUGCAGUGCCUUCUCCAUCAGCUUUUUAAAACUAUCUUUGUAACUAUUCCACUGUGGACUCUACAUGUACUAUGUAAGCUUGGGACUUAAACAUGAAUGGGACCUUGGAUCUUGCCAGAAACUAAUUUAUUUACACAAAGACAAAUGUUAUAACAUGAUACAAAAUACUCCAAAACAUUGAAGAACAAAGACUAGUAAAAUGUUUCUUUUUAAAAAGAGAAUCUCAUUGGUUUUCUUUUGUAAAAGAACAAAAGAAGAAAGUGACAAAAUUAACAUCUGGUACAACACAUUACAGAUCAUAAACCACUGUAAGGACACACUUGAACAUAACAGAGCACUCAAUAUUUGGCCGUGACCACCACGUUAUUUUAUACAAAACAAUUUGUAGUUCUUCAGACAACAGGAAAUUCAAAUAAAACACCUUGCCAAUUUAAAGAGAAAAUAAAAUUGGACAAGAUUUGCUGCUUGCCCUUAUUGUAAAGAUGGCUUCAAAAGUGCCACAUCAGUUUCUUUUCCCCCAGAAAAAAAAAAUUGAUUUUUUUUUUUUAACCAUGAUAUCAAGUAAACGCUUCAAUCAAAUGGCAACAAGAAAGUGUCACAGAGACAGUGGUUAGCAGGGACCGUUAACACAUGACAUAAAGGAAAAGCCAGCUUUGCCCCAGCACAAGAUCACAUAUGCAGCUUAUUACAGUCCAUAUCACUGGUGGCAUGCACCGGCAGGGUAGCUUAUCCUUGCGCCAUCUCAACAUUCCGACAGAUUUCCUUGUGUUUACAUGGCUGACAACUCAGAAUGCGGUUACGCUGCGGGUUGUGGGAAAGUGCUACAUACAACACAUUACCCACAUCCUUAUUACUGAUGAUAAAUGCAUAUUGUAUGAAGAAUUUUCAGUAACUCCUGCUAUAGCUGUGAAAGCAAGAGCACAAUUUGAAACCAGGCAUUUCAGUGUUAAUAUUGCUCACUCUAUUUUAUUAAAAUAGAGCCGAGUGGGAGGCCCCUUACACAUCAAAUGUGAUGCUGUGUCCAUUUAUGCCAUAAGGUAUGUUUGUGUGGGCAUAAUUAUAGCAAGUGGAGAAUUUGUGCAAUAUCGGUGGAUAUAUUUGCACAGACAGACUGUAUGUGAGAAGUGCGAUUCAACUGUGCGUACGAGCCUUUGGAAACUACCCUCAGUGCAGUAACUGAUUCACUGCCCUCCAAGUUGCACAUAAUGGCGUAACAGCGAGGAUGCCAACACGCAAUUCCUUUGUGUCACAGCAAACCGAGGGGACACUCAAUGAUCCAACAGAGCUGCUGGUUCCCGUUUUAUUUUUUUUAUUUUUUUUUUAAAUGAGGCACCAAGAGGAUGUGAGGUGACAGGUCACUGAAUUAUGCUUAAGCUGUUAUAAGGGCUCCAACUUGUCAAAUGAGAAGUAAAGCCAGGCUGCACUCAGAGAAGGUGUAGAAAGUGCAGCACAAGACCACAAGCUGGCUGUCCAUCACCUGCUGACUAGCAUCCUUGGCCAAGGCCCAGUGAUGAAGGGAUAAAGCAUUUCUCUCAAGGACAGAGAAGGCCGCUCUGCGGAGAACGGCACAAACACAAAUCUGUGCUCUGUCCUCAGCGUUGCAUUCAGAAGCAGUUCUUCAAGCUACCGUAAGAUAAGAGCGUAAUACAUGACACAUCAGAACUGAAGGAAAGGAUCAAGGAGAAGUUCCCCAUCCAUGUAUAUAAACUCUUAAAAUCAGCAGAUUUAUCCGUAAAAAAAGUGUAAAAAGGAUCCCGAAAAAUAAAAGGAACUAUCGAACUAUAUUGCUGUACAAUUGGCAGAAAGACGUCCCAAACGCGAGUUGGAUGUUGAACACUGUCUGCUUGCGAGAGUUGUAGCAGUAAGGCCUGUUUCCCUGAAAACCUACACACAGGUUAAAUCCCCACAGCCGACAUGCCACCUAGUGCCCACGUAGCGUACUGGCGCGCAACCUAAAUGGGAAGCGCUUCCUGCUUCCUGCACAGCUCUAUCGAGGCCUCACCCUUCGGCGGACUCCAGCACAACUGAAGCCUGGGGAGCUUCGCUUCACUCUGUAUUGUAGCUGAAUCGAGUUAUUGAGUUUCUGAAGAAACUGCAGGCUCUGCAUGUUAUAAAAAGAUAAAGAAAAUACUAACAGGCAAACACAGUAUAAUGAGAAUCAUAGCAAAAAUGUUUGUUUCAAUUUACACCCUGAAAUCAAACGAGACCUAAUAUUCCCUUUAAAAUCUAAGAUGGUAUUGCACCCGUUUACCUUUGAGGAGUGUUGUAGGCAAUUCAAAGGAAAAAAAAAAAAAAAAACAUAAAAGGGACAAUGAUUUUUCAUUAAGGAUAUUCACAGUAAUAUAUUACUUAAUUGUGCAAUACAAUUACAUUUGUAUGUGUGUAUACAUAUGUAAACAUACAUAAACACCCAUACGUGUAUCUUACAUACAGUAUAUUCUACAAGAAAGCAUUUUAAUGGACAGUAAGGAAUGUGCUUUGAUAAUUCUGAUUUAUGUAUUUAACAUAAUCCAAACAAUUUAUAUUUUCAAAAUAAAUGUUAGAAAAUGGUCACAUAUUUUUAAAAUCCAACCACAGUGCAUGGAGAUUCAAACACCAGAGGGGUGGAAGGGCACGAUGUGAGAAACAGACCUCUCUUAGCAAAGUCAAAAAAUAUACAAUUACUCUUCAAUCAUCAGUCACUAAUACCAGUAUGCACAACAUAUGAAAUAUCAACAAAUAUACAUAUUUACGAAAUAGCAAAAUAGUGUGGGCACGACAAUAAAGCCAUUUCCAGGCUGAAUCAUUGACAUUAUACAAGCAUGUGUUCCAGCACACAAACACCCAUCUCUGCCAUCACACAGUUUUUUGUUUCCUGCCCAUGUUUUACCGCAGCGGGUACCGGGGCAGUUCGGGGCCGACGCCGGCAGCCCCCCAAGAGCAGCACAGGCUCCGGUUCUCGCCCAAGAGUCCCGUGCGGUGCGGAGAGGAAACGCAGCGGCACGCGACACAGGUGCGGCAACAGCGGCUCCGUUGAGAAGCGGCCAAGUGCGUCCAGCUGAGGAGCUGCGCUGCUUGGGAACAGCUUGUGGAUGGAAGGGGGCUUCGCUGUGCCUCGGUCACUUCCUGCGCUCUGGUUCGAACGACAGCUUCAGAGUGCUCUUGGAAUUGGCACCUGUUCUCUCUCUCUCUCUCACACACACACACACACACACACACACACACACACGACGACGACUACGACUCUGGGUCCACAGUGUUUCACCAAAGGACAGCUGAGCGGGACUCAAGUGCGCAGUGGUUUGUUUUUUGGGGGCAAAGAUUCUUUAGUGUGACACUGUGCUGUGAACAGCUCUUUGACUGUGUUCUCCCAGAAGUGUUUUCCAAGAUGCGCCAAACAGCCCUCAAUUAAAAAAAUACACUUUGUAUUCAUUAAAUAAUACUUUCACAUUAGACGCGGCGCAAGCGAUACUGUCUAUUACAGUACCGUGUUUCCUCCUGAAAAAACGAAAAACACAGACAAAAACGUGAAGAAGGAUGAAAAUGUCGAUGGAACUAUUUACAAAUGGCAAGGAAAACAUCGACACAGUUGGUCAUCAGAUCCUGCAUUUGCUCAGAAAGGGUCACUUAGAGAGCAGCACGGACAUGUGACGAGGAAGGAGACGGCGGCCCAGGGGACGAGAGAAGCCCUUUGACCUCGUGUCUCAAGAAGGGGAAGAAGGAGGGGAGAAAAGAGGGAGACGGACGACUUCAGCCACCUGUGUUACAAGACGACUGCCCAGUUGGCGCAUUUUCUUCAGGAAAUUAAGGCAUUUUACAGUAAAAGUGAGAGUAACAGUUGUGUGGAUUUUUUUGUUCCAUGAUCACUGUUCCUCGAUAUUUCUCUUAACAUUUUCUAUGAAAAGGCACCAAAUUCCUGUCGCGCCUUCACACUCGGCUCACUUUGGCACCGCUGCCCUCGCAAAAGGAGCCAGAGGAGCCAAAAGGCGCUUGAUCGCGCAACGCAUCCUGACGUAAGGGCUGCCCGGGAUCUGGUUCCCAAACAGGAAGGCCUGUGCAGCCGCCUUUCAAACCUAAGUUCACAUUCUACAACAUAAAAAAAAGACAGACAGCAGAAAGGAAAAUACACAGCGUAUGCAUGUGCACACACGUGAAAGCAUGUACCGCAGUAAAUGCCUAAACAUAUAUUGUCUACAUCCAGCGUACGUGUCUUUCUAUACGCAGUAUGAACAGGAAAAAACAAAAACGAAACAAAGGUGAACAACACACACACACACACACUCACAGACAGACAAACUUAUGAGACAGAUAUGCAUUGAUUCAACAUGUUCUCAAAAUGUUCUCUUCCUUUGUAGAACUUGUGCAGGAGGGAGGGAGUGUGACGGUGUGCUACUCCUCGCUGGCUCCUCACCCCAAGUGUACGAAGGAAAGGGGCUUUUUGGGGGGAACCCCAGGAAAAAAAAAAAAAAA